UCACACCUUAACCAGACCCAACCAGACCUAAACUUAAACUCGGCAUGGACGAAGCUGAAGACACGAGGCGAAUCCUCACUCGUUUAGUAUCGGACACUGGUGAUUCUUUUGAGAGGCUGUUUGAUUUGCCAUAUAACGUUACACCAGAAAAACUAGCGUUACUCGUGAACCAUCUAUUAGAAAAUGAAGAGCCGGCUCCUUUUCUAUUUUUUGUCAAUGGCAAGGAAAUUACUGAUUGCUUGGACAAGGUCAUGGUUCAAGAUGACAUUGGAACAGAAAAUGUGCUUGAAAUUAUUUACCAGCAGCAGGCCGUUUUCAAAGUCAGGGCGGUCACAAGAUGCACUAGCUCUAUGCCAGGACAUGCGGAGGCUGUUAUUUCCAUAGGUUUCAGUCCCAACGGGCAGUAUUUAGCAAGUGGUUCAGGAGACACGACCGUUCGAUUUUGGGAUAUCUAUACACAGACACCAUUCAUGGUGUGUGAAGGCCACAAGAACUGGGUACUUUGCAUCUCUUGGGCACCAAACUCCAAAAUGCUGGCAUCAGCAUGUAAGAACGGAGUCAUUUUAUUGUGGAAUCCAGAGACCGGAAAGCAAAUUGGCAAGCCCCUUGCAGGGCACAAGCAGUGGGUAACCUCACUGGCUUGGGAACCACUUCACUUAGAUCCUCGGGGCCGCCGACUAGCCAGUGGCUCCAAAGACGGAGAUAUACGGAUCUGGGACACAGCGCUGGGCAAUGUUGAGAGGGUCCUCACCAGCCACACCCAAUCUGUCACCUGCGUGAGAUGGGGAGGCAGCGGUCUCAUUUACAGCUCUUCUCAAGAUCGAACCAUCAAAGUUUGGAGACCUGACGGUGUGUUGUGCCGCACGUUGGAGGGGCACGGCCACUGGGUCAAUUCCUUAGCUCUGAGCACUGACUACGUUUUGAGAACCGGUGCAGUUGACCCUACUGCUGUUCACAGAGGAAAAGGCCAGGAUGUCAAUGAAAGUGACAUCAAAGAGCUUGCUCUUAAAAGGUACUUGGCCGUGUGUCGUCUAGGCGAAGAGAGACUUGUGUCUGCGUCAGAUGACCACACUUUGAUGAUGUGGCUGCCUGAGAAAGAGAAGAAACCAAUUGAACGUUUGACUGGCCACCAGCAGUUGGUAAAUGACGUUCGAUUUUCUCCUGACACGAGAAUCCUAGCAUCAGCAUCAUUCGACAAAUCGAUCAAAUUGUGGGAUGGAAAAAGUGGAAAAUUCAUUACCACACUUAGAGGUCACGUCCAAGCAGUCUUCAUGCUGGCUUGGUCUGCUGACUCCAGGCUGUUGGUAAGCGCCAGUGCAGACUCAACACUCAAAGUUUGGAAUGUAAAACAAAAGAAGUUGGAGCUUGAUCUUCCAGGCCAUGCAGAUGAAGUUUAUGCUGUUGAUUGGUCACCGGAUGGACUGCGAGUAGCUAGCGGUGGGAAAGACAAGAUUUUAAAAAUAGGAAACCUGUGGAAGCCACUUGGCAUUGCAGGGGUUGUGGUCAUGUUAAGCCUAGUGGCUGGCGUUGCGGUUGGAGUUUACGUUGGAACGCACCCUAAUGCAGAACUGGAUCCACCAAACCCUAUAGAUCCUCUUCCUCCUUCAGAUUCCCCCAUGGGAGUAUAUUACGAUGCUGCAGUAGCUGCUAACUCUUACCCUUGCAACCUGAUUGGAAGAGAUGUGCUACUGGAGGGUGGAAACGCCGUGGACGCCGCCAUAGCAACCCUAUUUUGUGAUGGAGUAUCAUCAUUGCAGAGCAUGGGCCUUGGUGGGGGCUUUUUGAUGACUAUCUAUAACGGAACUACAAAGGAGGCUUUUGCUCUGAAUGCUAGAGAAGUGGCUCCAGGAGCGGCUUACGAAGACAUGUUUGAUGGAAACUCCACACUCUCACAAAUUGGUGGUCUUUCUGUUGCUGUUCCUAGCGAGCUGAAGGGCUACUGGGAGCUGUACCAGCGCUUUGGAUCCCUUCCAUGGGCCAGGCUUAUCCAGCCGACAAUUGACUUGUGUGAAUCUGGUAUCGAUGUUGGGCCUUAUUUGGCAUCGAGGAUUAAGCAGAAAGAAGCAGCUAUUCUCGCCAGCCCAACAAUUCGUGAAUUGCUAACAGAUGCAGAGGGUAAUUUGCUUACUGAGGGAGGCAAGAUAUACCACACGCAACUGGCCGAGACACUUCGAGUGAUUGCAAAUGAAGGUGGUGACGCUUUAUACACUGGAUCUUUGGUUCAAGAUUUUGUCAGUGACAUUCAAGCCCUAGGAGGUAUUAUCACUCUACAAGAUAUGGCUGACUACCAAGUUCGGUGGCAAACACCUGUGUCAGCUAGUCUGAGUAAUGGUUACACCGCCUACACACUCACCUCUCCAGCAUCUGGAGCUCAGUUAAUUUUUAUGCUCAACAUUUUGGACGGAUUCAUCCCAGCUGCAGAUGAAAUAACUACCUACCAGAGAAUUGCUGAAACCAUUAAGUACGCUUAUGGGGCCAGGACUCAUUUGGGGGACCCUGAUUUUGUUGACAUCAGUGAGCUUUUAUCAAAUCUAACCUCUAAGGACUACGCCAAUUUCAUCAGAAGCAGAAUCGAAGAUGACAAGACAUACAAUGACCCAGCUCACUAUUUUGCAGAAACUCUUAAUGUUGAAAACCAUGGAACUGCUCACAUCUCUAUUAUAGACAAGGAUGGAUCUUCCGUCUCGGUCACCAGCACCAUUAAUCAAGUAUUUGGAUCUGUCACUCGCUCGCUUAAGACUGGGAUAAUUUUAAAUGACGAGAUGGAUGAUUUCUCGGCCCCUAAUAUAACCAACUCAUAUGGAGUGCCCCCAUCACCAGAAAAUUUUAUUGCUCCUGGAAAAAUACCUUUAUCAUCAAUGUGCCCAUUGAUCAUCACAGAUGCAAAUGGUGACGUUGUUUUAUCAGUUGGAGCGUCUGGUGGCACAAAAAUUACUUCUUCUGUCAUUCAAACUGCCUUGAGAAAUUUGUGGUUUAACCAGAACAUCAAAGAAGCCAUUGAUGCGCCACGCAUCCAUCACCAAGUGUACCCAAUGGAGCUGCAAUACGAAUAUGGAAAUGUUGACCGCAUUGUGAAAGGCUUAGAAGCUAUUGGACACGUGACUAGUCGAUACACAGGAGGAUCAGCUGUCAAUGGCGUUGCCAGGGAUGGCCAAUUUUUAACUGCAAAUUCAGACCACAGGAGGGAUGCUGUUGUUGCCGGCUACUGAUGCUGUUUAUUUCUAUGUUUCUAAAGUAUUGGCUUUACACCAAAUUUUUAAAAUUGAUGAAUCAAUCAUACAGCUACAGUAAAAAAUGUUGAAAAUUUUCGUUGAAGUUUUCUCAAAACUUACUAGAAGGUAUUAGAAAAUGAUAUUCAAAAUGUUAAAAAGGGAGUGCAUAUAUCAACUUUCAGUAUUUUUUGCUUUACUGUUUGCCAUUGAAGACUUAUUAAACCCAAAAAGCAACCACUUA